ACAGAAUCUCGGCCGUCCAUCACAAAAGUCCUUCUCGAACACCACUUUUUAGAGCUCAGUUCAAACUUCAAACUGUCCAGCGACAGGACGAGUUCCCAAAUUUGUUCAUGGAGAAGGAGAGAUUCUCCAGAUUUUUACACACGGAUUUGGAAAUCCCUGUCUUCCAUCUAAGAUCCAUUUGUUUUCUCCUCUAGUUUCUUCGUUUUUGCCCAAGAUUCUGCUGGAAAAGCGUCGUUAAUCCAGCUGAAAAGCAAUUUCAGGAGCUCGAAUAGUCUCGUAUUUGUUCUUCAUUUCUUCCUUCAGAAUGCUUCGGGACUUCAAAUUUUUGCGGCGGGUUUCUGGUAAGAACGAGGAGCUCGAAAAUGUACCGGUGAAUCCUAGGGAUUCAUCGAUUAAUCGAAUUGGAUUGGACAUAUCGCGACCUCCAUUGAAUACAAUUCAAGAGCCGAUUCGAAAUUCGGAACCAGAACAGGAAGUUGGUUUAAAGAGUAGAGUUGAAAGGACUCCCGUUAAGGCGAAGGGAAAGGGCUCGGAUCUUGCAUUGCCGCUUCGCACGCCGGACAAGCAUGGAGGAGCUGGGUUUUCGUCGAGGAAGCGAUUUGGUUGGUCUCAGAAAAGCGAAUCUGGUUCUCUUCCUGACGAGGAGAAGGCUGAUUCGGGUACUUGUUCAGUACAACCGAGCCGCGGUGGCGGUGGCGGAGGAUGUGGAAAUGGGGGAUUUUCUAACGUUACAACCCCUAGGACUACGAGGACGGCGGGGAGAGCAACCUCGAGUUAUUCCGAAAGCAAUUCUACGCAAAGCACUCCGACUAAAAGUGUUUCCAAGCCUCCGUAUUCAGUUUCUCGCAGCAAAACUGAUCGGAUCAAUAAUUUUUCUGCAUUGUAUAAAGGGAUUCCUGCUAACCCUGUGCCACCUUCGGUUGUUAACACGGUCGAAGUCCCUCACUUCGAUCUUAAAGAAGACCCUUCAUUUUGGAUGGAACACAAUGUACAGGUUCUUAUACGUGUUCGUCCUUUAAAUAGCAUGGAGAGAAGUAAUCAUGGUUACAAUAGGUGCUUAAAACAAGAAAGUGCUCAGUCCAUCAACUGGAUUGGCCAACCAGAAACAAAGUUUACGUUUGAUCAUGUCGCAUGUGAAACAGUUGAUCAGGAAAUGUUGUUCAGGAUGGCUGGUCUGCCAAUGGUUGAGAACUGCUUGUCUGGCUAUAAUAGUUGUAUGUUUGCCUACGGUCAGACUGGAAGUGGAAAAACGCAUACUAUGCUUGGUGAGAUUGAUGAUCUUGAAGUCAAGCCAAGUCCACAUCGUGGAAUCACUCCACGUAUAUUUGAGUUCUUAUUUGCAAGGAUCCAUGCUGAGGAAGAAAUUCGGUGUGAUGAGAAACUGAAGUACAAUUGCAAGUGCUCUUUCUUAGAGAUUUAUAACGAACAAAUUACAGAUCUUCUUGAUCCCUCAUCCACGAAUCUACUUCUGCGGGAAGAUGUUAAGAAGGGUGUUUAUGUAGAAAAUCUCUCUGAAUUUGAAGUUAGGACUGUUAGUGAUAUUCUCAGGCUUCUGACUCAGGGUUCUUCAAAUAGAAAAGUUGCAGCCACAAAUAUGAACAGGGAAAGCAGUCGCUCACAUAGUGUAUUUACAUGUGUGAUUGAAAGCAAGUGGGAAAAGGAGUCCUCAACUAACCUACGCUUUUCUCGACUGAAUCUUGUUGACCUUGCUGGUUCAGAAAGGCAGAAAACUUCUGGAGCUGAGGGUGAGCGUUUAAGGGAAGCUGCUAAUAUUAACAAGUCACUGUCUACACUAGGUCAUGUUAUAAUGGUUUUGCUGGAUGUGGCACGUGGGAAGCCGAGACACAUUCCUUACAGAGAUUCAAAGCUAACCUUUCUUCUUCAGGACUCUCUUGGUGGAAACUCAAAAACAAUGAUCAUUGCAAAUGUUAGCCCUUCUAUUUGUUGUGCAGCUGAAACACUUAAUACUCUUAAAUUUGCCCAGAGGGCAAAACUUAUCCAAAACAAUGCAGUGGUCAAUGAAGAUUCAACGGGAGAUGUCAUUGCACUCCAACGCCAGAUACAGCUUCUUAAGGAGGAGCUUGCAUACCUCAAACGGCAGAAUGUUUCCAGGUCUCUGUCAUUUGAUUCCUUGGUCAAGUAUACACCAAUGGAAAGUGAGGAUUAUGAAGCAGAAAAUAUAUGUGAUAUGGACAUUUCACAAGAUGAUGAUUCCUUUAAAUCCCAAUCAAAAGAAGUGAGAAUGUCAACGAAACAGUUGAAAUCUUUGGAGAUAGUACUUGCUGGUGCCUUGAGGAGGGAAAAAAUGGCAGAAGCUUCCAUCAAGCAACUUGAAGCUGAAAUUGAACAGCUGAACCGUUUGGUUCGCCAAAGAGAAGAGGAUACAAGGUGUACAAAAAUGAUGCUCAAAUUUCGAGAAGACAAAAUUCAGAGAAUGGAGUCACUUCUUGGUGGUUCAAUUUCGGCAGAAACUUAUCUUCUUGAUGAGAAUAGAGGUCUAUCUGAGGAGAUUCAGCUACUUCGGGCCAAAAUAGAUAGAAAUCCUGAAGUUACACGCUUCGCCUUAGAGAACAUUAGGCUUUUGGAUCAGCUUAGAAGAUUUCAAGAAUUCUAUGAAGAGGGAGAGAGAGAAGUACUCAUGGAUGAAGUAUCCAAAUCACGUGAUCAGAUGCUUCAAUUUCUCUCUGGGAAUUCAGAACAGCAAGAUGAAUCAAAACCUACCAUGCAACCUCAGUUGAAGAAAGCACUUGAUGAACUAGAGGAAACCAAAUGCAGUCUAGAAUCUUGCCUAAAGGAAAAUAAAAAACUUAGCUGGGAGGUAGACCGAUUGCAAUCAAUGCUGAAAAAUUUAAAAUCUGAACAGCAUCAAGAUCAUAGUAUCUUUACCAUUGAGGGAUCAUUUAAAACUGAUUUUGAAAAUCAGAGGCUGAGAGAGGGGAUUGACGACCCCUUGCUGGAGAAACAUGAUGAAGAAAUUCUGAACUUGCAGAUGGAAUUGGAUGUACUUAAAAUCAUUCUCAACGAAGGAAUGUUGUCUCACAGAGAAGUUGAUGAAAAAGUCAUAUGCUUGAACAAAGAUCUUCAGAAUGCAGCUAAAGAUCUUCUGCAGAUGAAUGAACAGUGUGAAGCUGUAGGUAGAGAAUUAGAAGAAGCAAAAUCCAUUAUCGAAGCUCUUGAAUCCCAGCAAAUUCUCUCAAUCAAUGAGAUCGAGGAACUGAGGAAUAGCAACUGUCAACAUUCGCAGCUUUUGAGUGAACGGGAACAUGAAAUCAUGUGUUUGAAAAAGUGCCUUGCUCUAAAAGAGAUGCAUGAUAAUUCACCUGAAUCACCUCCAGUUCAUUCCAGACAUGACGAAUCUCGACUGCGAACAAGACUGAACAAGAUGCAAGUUUCUCUUGAAAAGGCCAAGAGACUGAAUGCUUUGUGCCAAAGGGAUCGUGAAUGUCAAGCUUCAAAUGAUAAAGAAAUUGAUGAAGUUCGCAGGCAAGCUGAAGCUGAAACUGCUGAGGUGAUUGUCUGUAUGCAGGAAGAGCUGGCUAUACUUCAGCAACAAGUCCAAGAAAGUCAUUUGAAAGAAAUAGAGAUGAAAAAUGGUGUAAACUCCUUGGAAUCUGAAUUGAAGCAUCUGCAGGAUGAACUCCAGCUUAUGACUGAAAAUAAUGAAAGUUUAAGUGAAGUGCUUGAGAAAAAGGACCAGGAACUAACAACAUUGACUGAAGAAUGGGAACUGCUGACUUGUGAGAUGGAAGAAAUUCUUGCUGAUGGAUAUGUAGCACUUGUGGAUGCCUCAAAUCACCUUGACAACAUAUCUUCUUCCUUUCCAGAGAAAAGGAUCUGGAUUUCUGAACAAGUGAGUAGAAUGAUAAGAAUCUUAUCUGAGAAGGACUUGUUAAUUGAAGAACUCAGAAGGUGUUUGGAGGAUGCAAACAAUAAACGUAUCGACAUGGAGAGCAUGCUUAAAUCUCUCAGAGGAGCGGCAUUAGCUAUCACAGAAGCUCACCAGCUGGAGUGCAAGGAAAAAGAUGAAGAGAUCCUUCAUUUGACAUUCCAGAUUAAAGAAAAGGCUACAAGUAUUGCAGAAAUGGAAGACACCAUCAAAUUGGCAGAAGAGCGUGUUAGAAAGACAUCAGUUUGUGCUACAGUUGCUUUUAUUCUUGUUAAUAGAUUAUCAGAGUUGAACCAUUCUCAUUCUGAUGCCUCGAAGGAUAUGGAUAUCCAGAUCAAAGAAUUAGUAGAAUCAAACUCAAUGAAAGAUGCCCAUGUUGAGCACCAAGCGACUUUGAUCAAAGCAGCAGAGGAACAGAUAGUGCAUCUAAGGGAGCAACUAGAGGAAUCAAGGGGAACUUGUGCUACACUGGGAAAGCAACUUACCGAGGAACAAGAAUAUCAUCAUUCCAUGCAAGUAAAGCUUGAUGAAUUUGAGAAUGAUAAAAUUUUGACAAUUGAGAAGCUAGCUGAGCUAAAAACUGGUGUUUCUACUCUAAGGUCAUGCAUGAGCUCAAAUAUGGGAGAGCAGCAUAUUAAUAAUGAGGAACGGGAAUCAAAGGAUAUACAUUCGUCUUUGGGUGAGAGGGAAGAACGAUGGACAGGUGCAAACACACAUCAAGAGAACAAUGUAAACCAGGAAGAAGGGCAAAGAGCUGAAAUAUUUGAUCGUUCUCCUAAAAUUGGAAAAGACGUACCUGGCUAUCCAUGUAAAGAGAAAAACUUAGAGUCUCAAACCUUCAAUACUAAAUCUGGUAGAGAUACCAUCACACUUCUCAAGAAAGAAAUUGAGUCUGCACUAAGAAGCUUGGGAGUGGUACAAGCUCAGAUGGUCAAGCUUCAAAAUGAGAAGAAAGAGAUGUUUAUCAAUGAAAAACGGAAUCAGCAGAACUUACAGUGUUUAAUGAAUCAAGUACUUAUGCUGCAAGAUACUAUUGAAAAGUUUGAAAAGCAAUCUGAGAAUGUGAUGGAAUCUUUCAGUCACAGGCUAAAAGCAUUUGAACAGAAUGUGCUUGAAGCUGGUUCUGGUUGGUGCCAAACAAAAGAGUUACUUGAACUUGAAGUUGAGGAAGCAACAGUACUUGCAGUCCACAAAACUGCAGAGGCAUCUUGCAUUCUGGCUAAAUUUGAAGAAGUUCAAGAGACCAUACAAGAAGCAGAUAUUAUGAUUAAUGAGCUCAUGAUAGCAAACGAGACAUUGAAACUUGAAAUAGAAAGGCUAAGGGAAAAGGAAAUGUUGCAAAUCACUGAGCAGGAACUAUUGAGGAAAGAGUUCAAAAGCAUGCAAGACUGUAAUACUUUAGCAUGUCAGAAAUUGCAAACUCUAGAGGAACACCUAUGCUCAAAUUCAAUGGAAAUAGAGGCUUCCAUUGUGGAACUGGAGGAUAUCAUUGCAGAAGUCCAGAAUACUGUCAAUAGCAGUUUCAUGUCAUUGGCAUCCGAGAUCCAAUCAAUGAAGUCUUUACAACUGGACUCAUCCAAGUUUGUCCGCUCAUGUUUUGAGAAUGUAUGGUCUGAGAUAAUUGUGAAGGAUUGUGCUAUAUCAGUGCUGCACCUCUGUCACAUGGGGAUCCUAUUGGAAACUGUGAUGGGGCUAAAUGCUGAGAAUGGUUUGCUUCAGCACGGGCUGUGUGAAUCAGAUGCUGCAGUAGCUGGUUUAAGGGAGCAAAACCUCAAGUCAAAAAGAGAGCUUGAUAUGUGUAAAAUUCUGAAAGGAAAAUUGCUGUUUGACCUCAAGAAUGGUUUUCAUCGCAUCCAAAAGAAAGAGGAGGAAGCGGGAGAAAUGAGUUCAAAGCUAAAUGCAUUUGAAAAAAGGAUAUCAGACCUACAAAUACAGGAGGAACAAAUGUUAGAAAGGUCAAAUUACAUGGGACACCAACUUGUUGUUUUGAUGAAGGAGUUGGAUGACAGUAAUAAAAAUUUGAUUUCAUCACUACUGGAUCAAGAGCAAUUGCUGAAGGAAAGGGAAAAUUUCCUCGAGUUCCAAACUGAAUUUUUUGUGACAAAUUUGGUCCUUAGAGAUUUAGAGUCAUUUAUUUUAGAUGCAGAAAUGGAAGAGUUUACUCACCAGAAGUCUAUUGCUGAUAGAGAGCAUAUAAAUUGUCUAACAUUUUUGGAGAUUUUGAAGGAAAGGGCAAUUAUUUCCAAGGUUGAUGAAGAGUUGAGAGAACAACUCGAGGUUGCACUUCUACAAAAGGAAGUUCAAGAAGCACAAGUCGAGAGGAAAAAUUUAUUGUCAAAACUGAAUGAAAGCAAUAUGAGUGUGAAGAAGAUGGAUGAAAUAAACAAAACUCUUGAACGAGAUAUUCAGCUGCUAAAAGAAGCCAGUGUUUCAAAUGAUGUAUUGAAAGAUGAACUGGAUGAAGUUAGGGGGAAAUGUCAAGCACUUGAAGCUGAAUGUGAUAGAUUACUGAAGACUUUGCAAACAAAAGAAAAGUUAUUGGAAGAUUCUUCCAGUCACAUACAUUCCAUUGAUCAGAAAAAUCAGAAUCUAAAUACUGAUCUUGAAGUGAAAAAUAUUGAAUUGCUGGAGCUACAAUAUUUUCAGCUUAUACUUAAAGAGAUAUUGUGCUCAAAACGGCAAGAUUUUGAAAUCUGUGUUAACCAUAUAACUACCCUAAAUGAGGAGAAUGUUUCUGUCAGAAACAAACUUCAAUAUUAUGAGGAAAAUAUGAAUGCAGUUCUCAGGAAUAUGAGUAUGAACAUUGCAAAAUCUGUUGAUUCAAUAGCCAUGUUAGAUGUUGACUGUGCCAGAGUAGUUGACGGGUUGAAUGCUGGUUUUCCAGCCCUGGAAAAGGUAUAUCAUGAGAUGCUGGAAAAUGUGGGAAACAUGUCUACUUUUCUGGAAGAGUUUGAAUACCUGGAGUUGAGUACCAAGGAAGUGGAAUUGGAGAAUUUGACUCUUCAAACUGAGUUAAUAAGGAAGGACGAAGUUCUUGCUGGACUUCUUUUUGAUCUUAGGUUGCUGCAGGAAUCUGCUUCUAAAAAUAAGGACAAAAAAGAUGAACUAGAUAAGACGGUAGCUUCAAUGGAGGCUUUAGAUAAUGAGCUUGCAGAAAAGUCAGCUGAACUUGAUAAGGCCAUUGCUCAUGCCCAUAGACUAGAAGCUCAGUUGCAGGAUAAAAUGGAUAUAAUCUAUGAUCUGGAGCUCAAUUUAUCAAAAGAAAGCGAUUCUAAAAAGUUAAUUUUCAGUGAAAAUUUGGAGCUCAAAACACAAAUUGAAAAUGUUUUAGUAGGAAAAUGUUCAAUUGAGGAGGAGUUGUCAGAAAAGAGGAAGUUAUCUGAAGACUUGGAAAGGGAACUGUUAGAAAUGGGCAAUCAACUCAGCCAAAUGAAUGACUUGAUUGAAUUUUUGAAGAGAAAUUUGAAUGAACUGGCAAGUGAAAGGGAUCAGCUACAAAUGGAGGUGUGUAGCGUGAAAGGAAAGCUAGGAACCUUAGAAGCACUAACUGAAGAAAAUGAGGCAAAUCUGAUGGAAGCUCAACAGGUAGCUGAAUCACAAAAGAUAUAUGCUAAAGAGAAGGAGGCUGAAGUGCAACUCUUGGAGAGGUCUGUGGAAGAGCUAGAGUGUACGAUAAAUGUAUUGGAAAAUAAGGUUGAUAUUGUAAAGGAAGAUGCUGAACAACAGAGGUUACAACGAGAAGAGCUCGAAUUAGAGCUUCAUGCUGUGAAGAAUCAAAUGAAUAAUUUUAAAAAUGCUGAUGCUGACUUGAAAAAAUAUGUAAGUGAAAUAGAGAAAAGCCUUGCAGAAGCGUGUAAACAUGUACAAAUUCUUGAAGGAGAAGUAAAUGAAAAAAUUGCUGAGAUUGGUCAACUUAAAGUCCAUAUCUCUGAACUGAACUUGCAUGCAGAAGCACAGGCUAACGAGUAUAAGCAAAAGUUCAAAUCCUUGGAAGCGAUGGCUGAACAAGUCAGACCUGAAGGGCAUUCCACAUAUGUCACUAAUUCUUCUUCAAACAAGACAGACAAGUAUGCAACAAGGCCACGUGGAUCUGGUUCACCUUUUAAAUGCAUUGGAUUGGGCUUGGCACAACAAAUGAAAUCUGAGAAGGAUGAAGACCUCUUUGCUGCAAGGAAUCGCAUUGAGGAGCUUGAAUCUUUGGCAGCUAGUAGACAAAAAGAGGUAUUUGCAUUGAAUGCAAGACUAGCUGCUGCUGAGAGUAUGACACAUGAUGUCAUCCGAGACUUGCUAGGUGUCAAGCUGGAUAUGACCACUUGCAUGUCACUGUUCGAUGAUAAUCAUCAGAUGCAGAAGAUAUCAGAGAGUGCCCAAUUCAACAUUGUCGAGUUCCAGGAAAAGGAGAAAGUAGUAAAACUGAAGAAACAGCUCAGUGAGUUUGUUGAGGAGCGUCGUGGAUGGUUGGAGGAGAUUGAUAGAAAGCAAGCUGAAAUGCUGACCUUACAAGUUGCUCUGGAAAAACUUCGCAACAAAGAUCAGUUACUCAAGACUGAAAAUGAAAUGUUAAAGUCUGAGAACUUCAAUCACAAGCAGAAAGUAUUGGAACUUGAAGGAGAACUUAGGAAAUUGUCUGGUCAGCAAAAUAUCCAGCAGCGUAUUCAUCACCAUGCCAAAAUCAAAGAAGAAAAUAACAAGCUCAGAGCACAGAAUGGUGACCUAAGUGCUAAGCUACAUCGAACCGAGAUUCUUCUUUCUCGUGUAAAAGAAGAGCUGGCUUAUUUUCGCACCUCCAUUGGGAAGACUCCAGAAAUUGAUUUCGAUGAGGAGGAACGACUAAACAUCAAGUUGAAGGAAACCGAGGAAGAGAAGGUCCAACUAGCUCGGAAGCUAUUGAAUUUGUGCACCAGCGUUUUAAAGGCAGCUGGAGUAACGAAACCUGCAUCUGAGAUAUGCCCUUCUGUGGCUGAGGAGGCACUAGAUCAACUAAUGAUUAGAAUUGCUUCAGUGGAAAGAGAGCUACAGGAUUUCAAAUUCAAGAACAAAAUUGCCAAUGAAAGGAUUAGAUUAUCCGAACUCAUACCACAAACUUCACCAAAAAGUUUAAAGACUGAAGAUAAUUGUCAAUCUCCUCUAAGGCUGCUUCAAACUUCAUAUUUUUCUGCUUUAGAUCGAUGAGGCCACAAAUCCAAGUGUUUUUUUAGGUGAUUUUUUUAAAAUUCAAUUUAUUUAUUUAUUUUCCAGGAAAUUGUAAUUAGCCUUUUGCGGCAUCAAUAGGUAAUCGGUUGAGCUGUCCAUCACUUGUUGACAGUGUGAAUAUUACAGUUGGAGGAGAAAUUUCGAACCAACCAUGGACUGCCACAUCAUUUGCUAAAUUAAUGACGAAAUUUUGAAAUUGUCAAA